AGAAGUUGCGAUCGUACAUUUAUUCAAAGUUGUGGACUCCCGUAGAGAAAAUCGAGUUUUGAUUAUGAUAAAAGACGAAGCGGAUAUAUAUGAUCAAUUAAUUUGGAGAGCCUCUUUAAAGCUGCAAAAAAAUGGAGAUAAACUGGUUCUAGAAAAAGAUGGGACUAUAAUAGACGAGGACGAAAUUUUGUUAUUGCUCGAAAACGAAACUUUAAUGUUACUAGAGGAGGGAGAAAAGUGGAGAGCCCCUAUUCCAAUUGAAGGAGUUUCUUGCAAAACAGAACGUUCGAUAAUUCUAGAAACUAGUUCAUCAAAAAAGAGCAAUAUCCUAGGGCAAAAUCAUGUACAUGAUUACCCAAAUAUACCAAGAGCUGUUGGAUCCUCAAAUUCGCAAGUAGGUCUUGAAGUAUGGAAAAACUUUGACAUUCCUUGGAAUCGAAUGCCAAGUUCUGUAAUAGCGGGGUUGAAAAAAAAUGUCAUUGAAAAACGGAUUAUUCAAGUUAUUAUUGAUGAAAUGAGGACAAUCACUCGCAAGAUAUCAAUCCACGCAUGUAGAAUAAUAGCAGCUAAAGUAAUACAAAAGUACCCUGAUAUAUUCGAAGAUCAGGAUAAACAUACCAAAACCAUAGGAAAUGGCUCUCAACUUGCUUCUAAAUUAUUGGACCGAAAUAAUUACCUAAAUAGAUCUCAGAAGGCUUUAUGCUAUUCUGCAGCUCAGAUGGACAAAAAAAAACGCGAUAGCAAACUCGACAGCUAGUGAAUUCUAGAUCUUGCUGUGCUGGUGAUUGCCAACCGAGCUAUUCCUUCGAAUUCCAGAAACCGUGUAAUAAAUUAGAUAAAAUAUGUGGCGUAAUUAUUUCAUUUUUCAAAAUUUCAUAUAUGCUUUUCAGUGUUGAACUGUCUUUAUCGAUAAACUAAAAUUGCUGCCUAAUCUGAUUGAAAAAAAUAAAUUGUAACAAUUUUUAUUAGCCUAUUAUGAACAUUUUCGAUUACCGGUGAUAGUACUUAGUCUGUUAGACACUUAAAUUUAUUAAAAAUAAUAAACCUUAAUUGUUAUACAAGAGUUUUUAUUCAAUACUGGUUUGUCUGGUAUUUCAUAUUCGAAAAAAGUAGUAUUAUGUCCAAGUUUUC